AUGGAGAGACAAACCUCUGAAGAAGUGAAGAAGAAUAUACUUCGGGUGAAAUCUUCAAUACAGGUUGCUCGUUUGUUAGCGUUGCAAGGGCAUGCUUUUAGAGGCCAUGAUGAGUCUAUUGAGUCAACUAAUCGGGGCAACUUUAUCGAGCAUCUUCAAUUUUUAGCCGAUAACAAUGAAGAAAUAGAUAGUGUGGUAUUGGAUAAUGCUCCACUGAAUGCGAAGUACAUAUCGCCUGAGAUUCAGAAGCAAAUUCUGCAUGUCUUGGCUAAGAAGAUUGCCGAACUAGAGUCAAGGUUUAAUGAUAGAGUGGUGGAACUACUGAAGUUGAGCUCAAGUUUGGUUCCUAAAGAUGGGUAUAAGACGUUCGACAUUGCUGCUAUCUAAGCUAUCGUCUAUUUCUGA